AAGAAUAAAAGAUAAAAGAUAAAUUUUCUUCUUUUAGAUAUUAUCAUUUGACUCUACUCACGAGAUAUCCGAUCUGCGAGAAUUCGAUAGUAGUUGGUUGUAGCUGCCCUCCGUCAGGUUUAAAAAACGCCAGGGUCAUCAUAGCAAAGAGAAGAAGACAAUUUGUCCAAUUCGACUUUUGACAUUAGUGAUUUGACAAAUGGAUGUUAUGAUUUGGAUAUUUAAUAAAAAUAUUUAACAUGUAGUUACCAAAAAUAAUAAGAUCAAUUAAAAUUGAUUUAUAAAUAAAACAUACAUAAGUUCGAUAUAUAUUAUAAAUAUAUUACCAAAUAUGGUUGAUACAGUAGUAUAUCAACAAUACUUGCAAAGCUUAAAAAGUACCGUUGAAAGUUUAUUAGUAACACAAGUAGCAAAUGUUUGGUCCAUAUAUGGGGGCUUAAACAGGUUGUACUUAUGUUUGGAGAAAAUAUUCAAGCAUGGGUGUAAAGGCAUAUCACAGGAAGGUGUAUUCUUCAAUUUUAUUCAAGGUUUAGAGUGGCUGCAGCCUGAGCCUUCAAAAAAUUAUUUUAGUGUUGAUUGUGAAUACCACCCCCAAAUACCGGCAUUGUUAAAAAAUGACAAGUCUUUAAUUUGGUUGUAUAAAAGUUUGGAAUCCCACACAUUAUCAACAAAACUUUCAUGGUUACUGCUAGAAACUUCUCAUCUACAUUCCUGUUAUGAGUCUUGGGCCUUUCUGUGUCAAAAUCAGUAUGCUGAGGCUACAUUGAUAUGUUUGAAAGCUGUAGAACGUAAUCAAGUAACGUUCCUUUCAGAAAUUAACCCUUGUCUGUUUUUAAAAAAUGCUAAUACACAAGGGUUUGUUAAGACUCAUCGGAGGUGUUUUUCUUUUCCUGAAAGCCACUUAAAAUUUAGUGGAAAAACUAAGAACAACUCACUUAAAGAUAUACCAGAUCAAAAUACUUUACCAACUGGAACAAUAAAUGAAGACAAAGAAAAACUGAUUUUAGGGAAAUUGAAACCUUGGUCUAGUUUACCAGCAUUGCAAAUUGAUAGUGAAAUUAAAAUUAAAGGAAAUAAAGGAUACUUCCUGAGUAGGACUACACCAAACACUCCAAUUCAUACUAAAAAAAUAUCUCCCAGCUUACUAAAAGUAGAUUAUAAUGCGUUACAGCCAAGAACAAAUAAGGCAACUUUGAAGAAACCAGUUAGAAAAGAAAAAGAACCAGAAACUAAAAUUCGAAGAAUUGUUAUAAAUACUAGUAAUAUAAUAGAACAUACACCAUGUUCAAGUACCUAUCAAAGGAAUGGUGGGGUUCAGUUUGAUGAGACUAUGGGUAGUUCCGGUACAUAUGAAAGGGAUGAUAGAUUUAAAGGAUUUUUAUCACAUAGUCCACUUUCCAUGGUCGAUAGUUUUUUACCAAUGCAAGGUACAAAAGAUUACAGCAGACAUCGACCUAAAAGAUUCAUCGAGGAUGGUGGAAUGAGCAUUCUUCCAAUGGCAACGGGAUACUUUCCCAAACCUACUAAAGGUCAAAGUUUAACAUCUUUCCUAACAUCAAGUAAAUUGGCUAGAAGCAAUGCUGAGUUAGACAGGGAAAAUGCACAUUUUAGUAUAUCAGAAGCUAUAAUAUCAGCUAUGGAACAGCUCAAAUGUAAUAGAGAUUUAAAUUUGGUAAGCGAUGAGCAACUGGAUGAUAGUGAUCCAGAAAUUAUGGAUUUAAAGCAAAGAAUUCGAUUGAGAAGACGACAGAGGUAUAUGGAGACUAAGGGAAAACAGUGGUGUGGGUAUAUAAUUAGUGACGAGAGAACAGAUACCACUGUAAGUCCUAAAUCGACACCUCCAGAUACGGCAUCAUAUGUUAGUAGUUCGGAAGAUAUUGAUGAUAUAGAAAUUGAUGAAGCCACUGCAAACUUAGGUGAAAGUCAAGGCUUGUCUAUGUCACUAGCGUCUCUCUAUUCCGACGCCGAUAUUGUGAAGAAGCCCAGAGGAGUGCCCGAUGGAGCAUCUGACAUACUCAGCGCUGAAGGUGUAGCUCUAUCGCUCAUUAGUAAAUUUAACGAAAAACAUUUACCCAAAGCCUCUGAUUUGGAGUGGUUAGUAUCGGAAGAAGACGCUCCUCAAGCUCUAUUGCCGUUACCAAAAAGUUGGCCAGUUGAUUUGGAAAAGCCUACAACACCGCUGAGAGGGACCAAAGAUUGGGCUCCACCGAGACCCCAAAUUGUAUUAGCUUUACAUCCUGCGCCAGCAAGGAAAGCUUUGAUGGAAAAACAAAAUUAUCGGUGCGCAGGAUGCGGUAUGAAAGUGGCCCAAAAGUACGCUUCUAAAUACCGCUAUUGUGACUAUUUGGGAAAAUAUUUCUGCACUGGAUGUCACAAAAACCAAGUUGCCUUGAUACCGGCCAGGGUAUUAUAUAAAUGGGACUUCAAAGGGUAUCCUGUGUCUACGUUCUCUUACAAACUAUUAGAACAAAUGUAUUUUGAUCCUUUGUUCAGGAUCUUUGAACUAAAUACGAAUAUUACAAAAUUAUGUAGCAAUCUCGAUUUUAUUCGAAAAUACCGACUAGGAUUGUGCUAUCUGAAGGAAUAUAUUGUUACCUGUCGUUUUGCUGAAACGAUUCAAGAAAGACUGGAACAAGAUUUACCUUCGUACUUUUUAAGUAAACUUGACGAAUACUCCAUGGAUGAUCUAGUCAAUAUAAAGAAUGGGGAUCUGAAAACCAAAUUAAAAUUUUUGGUAGAUAUAUGUUGCAGACACACGUCUGAGUGCAAGUUAUGUCUUGCAAGAGGUUUUAUAUGUGAAGUUUGUAAAUCAGAUGAAGUUAUUUUUCCAUGGCAAAUGAGAAUUGUAUCUAGGUGCAUUAAGUGUUCAACUUGCUAUCACACUAAGUGCUGGAAGCCUACAGAACAAUGUCCCAAAUGUAGCAGAAUUAUUAAGAGAAAAGAGAGUACAAGUAGCACCAGUAGAUAGCUUUUAUUUAAAUAUGUUAUUGAACAAACUAAAUACAAAUUUAGUUUUUAUUUCAGUAAGUAAUUAUGGUACAUAUUAUUUUUGACCCAAUUUAUAUAAUGUUAGAAAAACAUGACACUGUAAUUUAUAUAGAGCAUAACAAAUUUAAUCAAAAUAUUUUAUAUUUUUAAUGUUAGAUCACAUAUUGACAAAUUUGUAUUUUUGAGAUGAUAAAAUAAACACAUUCUAAUGAAAAC